GCGCAUGCCAAAAAUACCUUCAAUUACAGGCUAAGAAUAUGAUAUUUGGUCGGGAAAGAGUUUUAGCGGAUUCUCAACAUUCAUGUGGCCAAUGUAUCCAGAAUCUAACGCAAGCCAAUAAAACGAGGCAUUCGCCAGUGACGCGUGCAUCUUCUGCUGACUUAUACGAUAGGCCGUUGACGGUACGUUAGCUCUUUGGGUGGAAAUUUCCACCGUUUAAGGUUUGCUUUUACGGAGAGGGUGGGGAGACGGUCCUGCCCACCUGUUGUCAGUAGUAUAAGAAUAUGCCAACCCUAUUAUCAUUCUGUAACCUAAAACGUCCGAAAAUCGCCAAUAUGUCCUCACGCCUAGAAUGGACAUAUAAUACGUGCCUCAGCUGUGAUGCCUUGACAGAUGGUUCGACUUACUGCUCAGAAUCCUGUCGACUGUCGGAAGAUAAUAAAGCAAUGGAGAGGGUUCAUAACCUGAGCUUGUCUUCCACAAGGCCCGAGACGUCUUCGACUGCCAGCCCGAGAAGGACGAUUUCAGCCUUGGCUGAGCGAGAAUUGAGAACGUAUAAUAUGUCAUUGGAUCAGUCGAAGAUGCAGAGGAGCGCAUCGCGUUGAUAUAUCGCUAGAGGUAUCUAAGACUGUACCAGUUCGUUGGAGAGUUCAUAUAUAUUAAAAGAACAUUCGCAGCAGCUGAGAAUAUCAGUGCGAAGCAGGAUGGUUUAAUUACGGAUCUGC